AUGAUAAGACAAAUAUUCUUGUUUGUUUUUGGAUUGACAAUUGUUGUAGCACAGAGGAGAUUAGCAUUGCCAGAUCCACGCAGUUGCUCCAGUAGAAUUCGUCAUGCUUCAUAUCGAGAUGCCCGUGGAGUUACACAUUCCUAUUUUUUCAGCUGGGAACAUGCUCCUACUAAAAGCUUAGAAGUAGAUUGGCUUGAUGCCAGAAACAUUUGUCGUAGACAUUGUAUGGAUGCAGUAAGUUUAGAAACUCCACAAGAGAAUGAGUUCGUAAAACAAAGAAUAUCUAGAGGAAAUAUAAGAUACAUUUGGACGUCGGGACGAAAAUGUAACUUUAACGGAUGUGACCGUCCAGAUUUGGUACCUGCUAAUGUAAACGGUUGGUUUUGGUCUGGUUCUGGGGCGAAAAUUGGACCAACUACUCAACGUAAUUCUGGUGACUGGAGCCACACAGGAGGGUUUGGGCAAGCACAGCCAGAUAACAGGGAAGCACCACAAGGUAAUGAUGAAUCAUGUUUAGCUGUAUUGAAUAACUUUUACCAAGACGGAGUAAAGUGGCACGAUGUUGCAUGCCACCAUUUAAAACCAUUUGUAUGCGAAGACAGUGAUGAACUUUUAAACUUUGUACGUUCCCGCAACCAGGGAAUUCGUCUAUAA